CACGUCCUCGGUCGACCAGCUGCCGAGGUGGACGACGGUUGGCUCGAGGGUGAACUCGUGCCCUCAGCGGAGGUGCCGCUUCAAUCAAUCUCCCGUGGAGUCUUCCCCUCCAUGCUGGUGCAGCCUAUUCUCGAGGACGAGGUCGCCAAAUGGGCUAGUCUCUUGGAGGCAGCCAAGGCACGUCUUGGUGAGUUUAGUCUUUUCUUUGUUU